AAGAGUAUAGAUAUCUAAUUAUUUAGGAAGGGGGUAUAAAUACGAAAAUCUGAAUUUAUCAUCGACAACUACUCUUCCUCCAAACUGAUAGAACUUCAUAAUCAUGAAGGUGAUCCUUUUGGUAUCGUUGGCUAUUGUUGCAGCCUCUUGCGAGGGGAUAAAACCAGUCAAGCCCGUCAAGCCACAAGCUCGGGCUUCCGCUUUCACCUACAAUGCUGGAGUGACUGCAGCCUACCCACCACAAACUGGGCUUAUCUACAACGCCAAUACUUUGGUCAAGUACGUCGGCGGUGCUACGGUUAUCUUCCCAUACGGCACUGUCGUCAACUUUCCCUUCGAGACGGAAUUCUACGUAAAGGAAGGACCAUCCAGAGUCGUUGCUGAUACAAAUGUGACCUUCGGUUCGAGUGUACAAGUGACGUUUGCACCAGGUACGAACGUCAAAUACACGAAGGCAAAUUCUGAGGUCAAGUACCUUCAAUUUAACGGAAAUACGCACAGCUGCGUCCAGUACCCCAACCAAACUCCUGCCCAGUAUUACUGCUCCAACUGCGACUUGAGACUUUUCCAAGCCGACACUAACCCACUCGUCUACUACAAUCCAGGAGGGUCAACUGCAUUCGGGGCUUCCGCACUUCCCGUGGAGACUGACGUCAAGCCUGCCGCGACCGCUAGGACUUACGGCUAUUAUGGAGGUGGAUGUGGUUACUCUUACUGCUCGGGUUACUCGUACUACGGUUAUCCACAAACCACGUACUACAACUACAACACGGGAUACUCCAGCUACUGCUACCAGACUGGGUACAACACCUACUCAUACGGUGGGGGUGGUGGUGGUGGAUACUCCAUGGCCGGAGGUUCCUGCUAUGGUGGAGGCGCGUAUUAUGGAUCUUACGGGGGUUCGUACUACGGAUAAUUAUUUCGUUGACCAUUUCAAUGACUUGCUUGUCGAGCUCUAAAUAUGUUCCAAGCUUAUGAAAUAAAUAAUUUCAAUUGAGAAAUAA